AUGGCCACAAGAAGCGAUCUUCAAGGACCUUACGAAGGUUUUGAUUGGAAAUUAUUCUGUCAGAUGCCUUCAUGCCCAUUCAACACCGAUGGCAUAAAAAUCUCAAGCUGGUGGUUAUUUCUAUGCAUUUGCUACCUCAGUUGUUUUCUCAUUGGGAUUAUUUUUACUGUCAACGGUUUCGCUUCGAUGGGCAAUGAGAUGGCCGCUGUCGGCGUGGGUUUGGUGAUCGUUGGCGCAAGUUUGGCGAUUGUAUGUGACGUUUUACGACGGCUUGGCGUAGGAUGGACAAAAAUUGUUCCGGAAUCACCUUAUCCUUCUCGGCAAUUUGUUCAUACAAGCGGUGAAUUUGGUUUUCCUAUUCCGUUUUUACCCGGUUAUCCGGGAUUUUGUUCUGGCGGGGAGGAAACACGCUGCGACAGCCCCCCUCCUUAUGUAAACUCCCCGCACGGGGACGACUCGGUUGCAAGACCUACUAUAACUUGUAUUAAUGAGAGCGAAUCCCAAGGGGUUGUUUCAGUUCGUGAUAAUCCUACAGGUAGAUACUCUACAAUUUCAGAGACACCACGAUGUGAAACAAGCAUAACUGAGAAUUUAAGACAAGCAGCGUUAGUGCUUGUUACUCCUACGGGCAUCGAGCACAGAACUCUUAAUCCUCCUCCACCUCCUUACGACUUCGCAUCGGCUGAUAGAGAGGAUAGAAUAUCGUGGUUAUAUGAUACCCCGCCGGCAUAUGGAGAUUUUGUGUAG